AUGCAGGAUGUUUGUGUUAUUCAAAUGGUAGUUUAUUUGAUUGUGGCCUUCUGUUGUCUCUGUGAUCCUAGGACUGAAAGCAUCUACCGUGCUUAUUGGGCUCUGGUUAUUGUAGGGUUUGGUGAGGAACAGAUGUGCAUAGUCUUGCGCUUUAUGCGGAGAGACUAUCGUAACGUUUAAAUCCCAAUAGAACAACUUUACUUAUGUAAACGGGCCUAUGAAAGGGGGAAAACGUAAGUAACUUCUCUGUAUUACUU